AUGAGCGAACCUAAUCAUACGCUAUUAGAAGCAGCAUCAGAACUACGACAACAACAAGAAGAAGGAAUUGAAGAUGAGGAUUUCGUCACCAUCAACAAUGACACUACAAGCAGUAGCAGCGAUCAGAUUAAUAUAAGUAGUAGUAGUGGCAAUGAGGUAGAUCAAGAAGAUGACAAUAGUGACUUGCAAGCUGUAUCAUUGUCCAACAACAACAACAACGAAGAGGCAUUACAGAAUAUUACUCUAUCCGAUGAUGUUGACAACAACAGUCAAGAAACUUUGAUUACAACUACUGCAACAGCAGUUAUCAUCACCACCACCGAUGAAGCUACUACAACAAAUCAAUCAUCAGAAGUAAUUGAAACUACUCAAGAACCAACAAAACAACAAGAAGUAGAAGUAGUAAUCACCGAAUCAACUACCAGUACUACCACUUCUACCAAUACCAAUAAUACAACAACAAAUAUACCAACUAUUAAUGUAUUGGGAGGAGGUGGUGAUCAAUCACCAUCAUUACAAAGUAAUAUAACCUAUCAAGAGAGACUUCAUUAUUACAAGGAAGCACUCAAACCAUCAACCAUUGAUUUAUCGGUCAUUCAACAUCUUGCCGAUCAAGGUAUUCCCGAAUCUCAAGGAUUAAGAUCAAUUUAUUGGAAGAUCAUAUUGGGAUAUUUACCAAGCGAAAAGGGAUCAUGGAAAUCAGAUGUAGAAAGAAGUAGAAAGAUAUAUCAAGAUUGGGUUAUGGAAUUAAUGAUUAAUCCAUGGAAAGAACAAGAAGAAAAGAAAAUUCAUCGUGAUGAUCAUCCACUAAGUGUAUCAGUUGAUAGUAAAUGGAAUGAAUAUUUCCAAGAUCAAAAUAUUUUAGUUGAUAUUGAAAAAGAUGUAAGAAGAACAUUCCCAUCGUUACACUUUUUCAAUCAUCAACAAGAAGAGGGAAAGACCAUCCACUAUGAAGCACUCAGACGUAUAUUAUUCAUCUAUGCAAAGUUGAAUCCAGGAAUUAAAUAUGUUCAAGGCAUGAAUGAGAUAUUGGGACCCAUCUAUUAUAUAUUUGCAACCGAUCCAGACGCCGAUUGCAAGGAGGGUGCCGAAGCCGACUCUUUCUUUUGUUUUACCAAUAUAAUGAGCGAAAUUAGAGACAAUUUUUGCAAGACACUCGAUAAAUCAGAUGUUGGUGUCAUUAGUAGUAUCAAAAAACUAAACUUUUUAUUAAGAAAAAAGGAUAGACAAUUAUGGAAUGAUUUGGAAACAAAACAAAUACAUCCACAAUUUUAUAGUUUUAGAUGGAUUACUUUACUUUUAUCACAAGAAUUUGAGUUACCAGAUGUAUUAAGAUUAUGGGAUUCAUUAUUCUCUGAUCCAAAUAGAUUUGAAUUCUUGUAUUAUUUUUGUUGUGCAAUGUUAAUAUGUGUAAGAAAUCAAAUAUUGGAAUCAUCAUUUGCAGAUAGUUUAAAACUAUUACAAUCAUAUCCACAAAAUAUUGAAUUUCAUACUAUUUAUUCGACUGCGUUAUCAUUGCGAGACGGAACUUUUAAAUUGAAUACAGAGGAUGUAUUCAAAUCUGGUCAAUCCUACUUGCAAAUGUUCAAUCCAUUUGCCAAAGUUAAUAAUAAUCCAUCAUCUCCAAUUGGUAGUUAUUCACCAACCUAUUCAUCACCAAUUAUAACUUCAGUAUCACCAACAAAUAAUAAUAAUAAUACAUUUAAUAAUAAUAAUAAUAGUAGUAAUAAUUUAUCAGCACAACAACAACAACAACAAAAUAAUACAUCACCUAUUGCAGAUUCAUUAAAGAGUUGGUUAUAUAAAUUUGGUGGAUCAUUUAAUAAAUAA